GCCGCCGCUUGAUUGCCCAGCACAAAGGAGAUACCCCACUGGCAGGCUUCUAAGGCCGUGCGCGCUUGAACCAAUACAUUAUUCAUUCACUGAGUGGACCUACGAUGCGUUGCCCACCGCUCCUGCUUACGCUAGUCUUAGCUCUAGCUACCUACUCCGCAGCAACUAUUGAAGAAAAGGAUUACUGGAUGAAUUUAGGCCGUUCGCACCUGGAGCAUGUUCUUUCCAAGCAACCGAACAAAAACCUCGCCAAAAACGUAAUACUUUUCGUUGGGGAUGGCAUGGGCCUGGCUACCGUGACAGCUGCCAGGAUAUUUAAGGGGCAGCAACAAGGCAUGGAAGGAGCAGAAAAAGGCUCUCUAGUUUGGGAAACUUUCCCUGAUGUGGGCCUAGUCAAGACUUACAACGUGGACAAGCAGGUGCCUGACUCGGCAGGAACGGGCACUGCGAUUUUCACCGGCGUGAAGACUAACAUGGGAGUGGUCGGGGUGGACGCCAGGGUGCCGAAGGGAAAGUGCGACGCCGCGCAGGUCAAGAAGGCCUCGCUCGACUCCAUCAUGCAGUGGGCGCAAGCGUCCGGAAAACUCACAGGCUUCGUCACCACGACCAGGGUGACGCAUGCGACCCCCUCGUCAACCUAUGCACGCAGCCCUCACAGGGAAUGGGAGUGCAACGCAAAAAUUCCUAUUGGAGCGAAAAACUGCGUGAAGGAUAUCGCCAGGCAACUUAUUGAGGAUGAGCCAGGACGAAAUUUACGGGUUAUUUUCGGAGGUGGUUUGUCUCCAAUGGGCGUUACGAACUACACUGGUCCUGACGAAGAGGUUUGCAAACGCACCGACGGCCGAAACUUGGCCGACGAGUGGGUGCGCGACAAAGAGAGCGCCGGUGUCCGCGCUACGUUCGUUCGCAACAACGGAGAGCUGGCGAGGGUCACGCCCGGCGAGCACGACGCUGUCAUGGGUUUAUUUGCGACGAACCACAUGGAAUAUGACGCAGCGAGAGACCAAGGGCCGGAAGGCAGUCCAUCUUUGCUCAAUAUGACCACCACGGCGAUGCGACUGCUCCAGAAAGGCCCCAAUGGAUUUUUGCUAAUGGUCGAGGGUGGUCUAAUCGACCAAGCGCAUCAUCAAAACUACGCCCGGCUGGCGCUCAUGGAGACCGUCGGCAUGGAGGCGACGGUGCAGGCUGUCUUGGAAAUGACCUCCAGAGAGGACACUCUGGUCAUUGUCACUGCCGACCACUCGCACACAAUGACUAUGAAUGGAUAUCCGGCACGUGGCAACGAUAUUCUUGGCAUGGCUCACAAUAGUACGAAAAAGCAAUUAUUUGAGACAUUAACCUACGCAAAUGGACCAGGGCUUUAUGACCACCUCAACAACGCAACAGACACGAGCAGCGUGUACCUGAAUCCCAGUCAGAUGGCGAAUCGCAGCGAUAUUCACUACCGGCAUUUCUCCCCCAUCGGAAUCAAAUCCGAAACGCAUGGUGGCGAGGACAUCGCCGUUUACGCAAUCGGUCCAUUUUCGCAUCUUUUUAACGGAGUCCAUGAACAGAAUUAUAUUGCCCACGCAAUCAGCUGCGCCGGCCAGUUUGGUCCCAAUGCUGAUAUGUGCAAAUCAACAAAAUCAGCAGCAACAGGCUUUGGUUCAAAAACGCUUCCAAUUGCAAUUAUGUUGAUUUUUAUAUUUGUUCGAAUCACAUUGUUAUGACUUUAGCAACAAACGAUCCAGAAACUCUGUUUUUCUAAUGUGUUUUUUCAAGAUAAUUUAUUUUUUUAUCAUUGAUAUUUUAUGCUGUCAUUCGUCGCAUUGAAAUUUUAGUGGAAAAAUACGAUAUUUCAAAAGCAUGAAUAAAUUUUACUGAUUACAACCA